AUUUUCCAUCCCUGGAUGUCACUAUCUUUAUGUACCCAAACAAUAGAAAAAAAAUAGAUUAGGCAUGUGAAAUUUUGUUAGCACAAUUUGGCAAAGAAAUUGAUAUAAAUUAACACAAAACCUUUGAACAAGUAGUGCAGUUGCCUAUUACACAAAUAUUUAGAAAAUUUGUCAUCUUUUAAUACAAACAACUCUACAACCGCUGUAUAAUUAUUUCACAAAAAUUAAAUUUUCAAUAUAAAUUCCAAAAAGUGCAAUAUGAAUUUGAAAUGAAUUAAAAGAAAGAAAAUUUGCAACAUCUUUGUAAAAUAAAAAGAAACUCCAAUAAGAAAAUUAAAUCGCCUUGAACUUGGUGAUAAAAUAUUUUUUUUUGUAGCAGGUGGAAAUAAUCUUAAUUAUAUCAACAAGAUUAAAAACAAAAUGUCAAUGAGAUCAUACCAGAAUUCUGCCCAACGUUUGCUUAAAUGUUUUUGCGGCUGCCGGGAAAUGACCGUUGAUGAAGUACAACGUAUUUAUCAGUUUAGCGUUCAAGAAACCCUUAUCAAUCGACAGGGCCUGGCUUUGUUGAAAAGUUUCUUGCAACAAGCGCGCAGUGGUGACAAAUCAACAACAGAACAGUUUGUAGAAGUCUAUGAGCAGUGUGGCCAAUAUAUGAGAGCAAAUGCAGCCAUUUUAACACUUGAUGAAUUAGAUGUACUUGUAGAUAAGGGUUUACCAUAUCACCUGGAGAAGGAACUGCAUAAUCAAAUUCAAACAGGAGAUAGUGACAACAUAACACGUUGUUUAUUUCGCAUCCAGGGCGAAAUGCGCAAUAGCAUUGAAUUAAGUGGCGAGUAUAAGGAGUAUAAAAAUGCUAUUCUAGAGAAACUAAAUCAAUGAGUAUAAGUAUCGUAUCUAAGAGUAACAUAUGUACUCAGGAACUGAAACCAAAAGUGCUUUCAACAAAUAUUUGUAAAAAGUUUAAUUCACAUGAAGAAAAUUACCCUGUUUUAACUUAUCGACCGACUAUCAGAUUUUCUUUGUGUUUUUAUUAUCAUUCAAACAAAGUAUUUUUUUAAAUGUGAAAAUAGAACUAGACAUUAUUUUACUUAUUUUAAAAAGCUUUAAUUUAGAAUUUUGCUAAAUACUCCUUUUGCGUCCCUUGUAUUAUGUACAUUAAAAGUUUUUUUUAUUACUUGCUAGUAUAUGUAGAGAAUUCUAAAAAUAUAAAAUUAUCAUUAUCUACUUUAUCAACAAUUUUGAUAUCUGGCCGUUGUUUUCU